AUGCUGCGCCGGUCUCGGCGGAGCGUGUUCUCUGCGAAUUUCUUUGUCGGCCUGCAGCGCCCUCGUGGCCGGCCGAGGUUCGACGAGAGCUGCAGCACGCUGGAGUGGCACGGCGGAGUAGAGCCGUUUAAACAAGUUGGACAGAGAUCUGUUCUCUGUGCAGACGCAUGGGGUUCCUCUUUGAGGCGGAUCUGGUGCAUUUUUGAGAUCUGGCGCUGCUGCAAGUUGGAUCUUCGGCUGGACUUGUUCACCGCGGAGGGCCAGCUGACACGCAGAUCCAGCACUCCCCUCGCCUGCAAGAUCCGCGAGCAGGCGACGGUCCUGGACUUGUCCAACACCAAGUGCUCCGAGAAAAGCGACAAGCUCAUGAUCGAAAAGGCCGUGAAGACGAGCGGCACGACCUGGGCCCAGAUCUCUGGCGUGAUCCAACUGCAGAUAGCAAGCUUGGUCGAGUUCGCCGCCAGCCUGGCCAUCUCACGGAAUGCCCUCACAGGCGAAGUUCUGUCAGCAGAGGACGUUGAGAUGCAGAUGUCCGAAACCUCCGAAGUCCGAAAUUCGUCCAGCAUCAUCAGCGACUGCAUGCAGGGCCAGCUGCAGCGCAUUCUCGUCGUUGGGCAAGGAGGUACCGGAAAGUCCGUCUUCGCUCGUGAGGUCGUGAGGAGAGUCGCGCAGGCGCAGUUUUCCUGCGGGGUCCAGGAAGCAGUGAUCCCGCUCCGGGUCCCCUUGGCAGAGCUGGCAGACAUCAAGGACCGCCCGACGCUGAGGCUUCAAGCCUGGGCAGGGCGAGCCUUCGGCAGCGACAGCGACGAAAUUCUGAGAGGCGAUCGGCGGCUCGUCCUGGUCCUGGACGGCCUGGACGAAGCCGCCAUCGCCCGCCGGCGGAUACUCGAUUGGCUCCGGCAGUGGCUCCAGGCAAACGGCCACCGAUGCAUCUGCACCAUCAUCGCCUCUCGGCCGUCCGGCACCAACCAGGUGCUGGCCAGCGAUGGCAGCGCUCGCGAGCCGGCGGCAUCCGUGGUGCUCUGCCAGUUCUCCGAGACGUCGCUGCUGACCCAGGAGCCGCUGCCGGUCUCCUCCCACGUUCGGCUGCACGGCACUGGGCAAAGCCUGGGAGCUGGCACCGUCCUCUCCUGCGACAAGGGCUUUCUGCUUCUGAAGAAGGAGGAGAACGGCCCGGAGCCCGGGGUGCACUCCCUGAAGGUGCGCCGGAAGGGUCCGGAGAGUGUCUUCUCCGACGUGGUGUCCCUGGACUACGCCGACUGCCUCGCCGCCCGGGUGAUCCUGGAGCCCGCCUUCGUAACGGCCGGCGGCGAUCCAGAGAAGCAGAGACAUCGCGUGGUGGCGCACCGGGCCGACGGCGAAGUCUGGGAGGACCGCAGUCCCAUCUACUACGGCAGGAUGCUGGAGUGGCCCAGAGGCGCCUUUCCCUGCCGCGCCUUCCUGAAGACCGACGAAAAAGCGGCCGACGACCGCAAAGUCGAAGACGUGGAGGUGAGCUUCCGUGAGACAUCGGCCGGGAUUUUCCUGGAGGGUGACCUGGAGCCAGGCGAUGAGGUCGGGCUCGGGAGCGAUGGGCCGCGGAGAGAACUCCUGCCUCUCGACCGUUGCUUCCGGGUGGUCCUGGACGCGGAGGUCCCACGCUGCCCGGCGAGUCUGGCCGAGCUCGGCUUCGCCCCGCUGGAGAUCCUGCCGCUCUGUCCUCCCGUGGCCUCGAGGAUCUCGAAGUUCGGCGAGGAGGAGCUGCGAGCGCUCCCCGAAGCGGUUUGGCAGACGCCCCUGAUGGCCAGCAUCCUGGGCACAUAUCCUCGGGGCCAGAAGGAGGAAGAGCUCGACGGUGCCACGGCAGAGCUGGUGCUGAUGGAGCACGCGGUGGAAACGCUGCUGAAGCAGGCAGAGGAGCGGGCCGGCUGCAAGGAGCUGCGAGCAGAGCUGGGCCCGCUGUGCUUGGCCAAGCUCCAGGCGGGCCAGCGGCUGCUGUUGGAGUCGGACUUCACCAGCCAGGUGGUCUUCCAGGAAGCGCAGCUCGGGCACUUGAGAUUCUUCGAGCCAGCUGGUCAAGCGGUGCAGCUAUACCACCUGCGAAUGCAGGAGUUCCUGGCCGCAGAGGCCCGGUUGGCUAGUGCCCAGGCGCCGUCCUGGAGAGAAGCCUUCGCCGAAGCGCAGCAGCAGCCGAUGCUGCGAGGUGCCCUCCGCUUCUGUCUGAUGAUGCAGACGGCCCACGCGGCGGAGGCAGAGAUCGACCUUAAAGAAACAAAGUUGGUCGCCGCGGACACGGAGGCGUUCCAAGGAGCCCUGCUUUGCACCGAGAAGCUGGCGCUCAACUUGGAUGAAAACCAUCUGGGCCCCGAGGGCGCCAGCAGCCUGUCCUCUGCGCUGCCCAAGCGGCUCCGACAGCUGCAGCUGGACCUGAAGGAGAACAGCAUCGGCCGGGGAUCCCAGCGGGGUUCCUCGAAUGGCCAGGAAGGUUGCUCCCGCCGUGCAAGAGCUUGA